AUGGACACCCUUGUCCAUGUCGAGGACGACAAGGAAAAUGUGCACAACUGUAACAGCUCUCCUGCCCUCCCCAAGACUCUGAAGCGGGAAGCUCUCAACAUCUCAUCGAAACUCAAGGAUGUAGCUGACUGUAGGAGCCCAGCACCAAAGUCUCGACCGUCUGUGCUGGCUCUUUGUGAGAUGUCACCCAUGUCCAAAAGCCCGCUCUCCAUUCGGAGCCCUCUGCACGCACAAACUCGGAGUCCGUUGCACAAGCCGAGGAUGUCCGUCCUGGCCCUGGCAGAGAUGAGCCCCAUGGGUGAGAGUCCUUCGCUAGAGGACAAUGCUGCAGAAGCCAAAAGCUGUGCCGGACAGCAGGCAUUGUUUGCCGAAGUUAUGCAGGAAAUUGCUAACGACUUGAAGGACAAGGAGCUUGCAGGUUCCAAACCAGAAGAAGAAAACAAGAAAGGAGACGAAGGCAUUAUCACAAAGCAGGGAGACGUCUCGGUUAAGGAAGCAAACAAAGAGAAAGAAACAGCAACAGAUGCGAAGGAGAAAGAAACAGCAACAGAUGCGAAGGAGAAGGGUCCGACUUACAGAGGGCGGGAGAGCAUCUUGUGGUUUCAGGACCUCGAGAAGGGGCAGACACGUGAGAGCUGUCUAGCAAACAUUGAUCUAACCACCCUGGAAGAGGGGCCAGUGCUCAACCAAGAGGUUGAAACGAAUCAGAUGUCGUCUUGCGAGCCUGCAGUAGAGACGACGAGCAGCAGAACAAUCAUCCAAGUGACCAAGGCGAUGUCGAUCGAGGUGGCAGAAGAUGCGCUGGGAAGGAGCGAGCAGAGAAGCAAACUGCAUGUCCUGUACAAGGAUUCACUCAUUACUAAGGAUCAAUAUGACAAUGCGAUCAACGCUUUCCGACACUAUGAAGGAGAGAUUCAAGGACAGGAGCAGCCACGAACCUCUGUUGGCCUCCAGCAAGGCUACUCGUCGCCUGCCCGCGACUCGUCGAAGACCGGCGGCCCUCCUGCCUCUCCGAGAGGCAAACGACGCAGAGGCCUCGAGGAGGUAGAGAAUGAAAAGCUGAUUGUAGAGGGAAAGAAGGGCAAGGGGAAGUCCCAAGGCGGCAGGGCCAUCAAACAUGAGCUUGCUGGAUCAGCAGCAGGUUGCCGUCGGGAUCUCUCAACGUGA